GAUAUCUACGUUUUUUAUAUAAGACGGAAUGUGUUAUAACUUUAAUAUCAUUUUAACGUUUGUAUACCUGAUAUGGUCAAUACGGACAUUAUGUGUAAAUCAAUUUUUGUUCUGCUUGCAACAUGUCUUACAUUUGGAUCAUUUGUUAUAAGCGCAGAAACGGUCCUAAAUACAAAUGGUGAUCCAUGCGAAUCAGCUCAAAUUCUUCACUUUUUGAAAGAACGGGUUGUUGGAUAUAAUCUGUCUAUUGGUGAGCCGCCAAUUUGUGAUCAUUACUUUUACCCCGGCUGGUACCAAAUGUAUGAUUUCGUCAUAGCAUCAACAGAGAACGGUUGCGGAACUUAUUAUAAUUGGUAUAGAAAGGGUGAGCUUCCUACAAAUGAAGAAAUAGAAAACGUAACGUACUGCUUGAAUGCUGGGAACGGAGACUGCAGUUUGACUGUAGAGGGACAGGUGAAGAAAUGUUCGGACAAGUACGUGUUUAACCUUCCAGCUGUGAAUGGGUGUCCACAAGCUUACUGUAUAGAAUCAUUAAAUGGAACAAACGUGGGCAACAACGAUAAAGCUGAUAUAUCUAGUGUACAACCUACCGUAGAAGCAGAAGUAGUACGGAUGGGUGAUGGCCACAAUGAACUCCAUUUCUAUUGCGAUUUUUCACCGCCAAAUGACACUGAUUAUUUUUAUACUGUGGCAUGGGGGAUAACAACCGGCUUCUCGUGGACCGAUUCACUUCUAGAGACGCAACCAACUAAAUAUUUGGAGAAAGACUCAUUCAAUAGUAACCAUGCACUCACUGAAACAACAUUGAGAGUGAAAAAAUAUGGCCGACUAGGCAUAACGAUUGCUUGUAUAAUCAACGCAAUGACGGGACCAACUACACAAUCACAUCCGUCUCAAGCCAGUUCUCCUAAAUUCUGCGGAAUAGAGAUCGUCGACAAAGAAGAAAUAAGAUUAAACGACACAAAUUCUGAAAAUGUGUUUUUGAGACUUACCGUUCCUUUCGGUUGUCAUGCGUCUGAGACACGUGGAUGUUCAUUAGAUGUUAUCUUGUACAUACCCCAAAAUAACGAAGAUAAUUGUAAACCUACUAGUUUAUCUCAAAGAGAAACAGUUGAAAGAGCUAAGAACCGCUGCGGUGUUCGAAUAAACAACAACGAGAUAAACGUAUUAAAGAACAUCAGUGUUUCAGGACUCUCGGGUCAAAACAGGGAAAACGUAAUGUGGCCUUUUACUCUCGUUCUGGCUACUCAAGAGUAUUUUCCAGCCCAUCCAAUUUUUCAAAAUUAUUUUCUCGAUCCAGUAAAGGUCGAUGUAGCAUCAAACAUGACCCGUUUGACGGGAAAGGUGUGUUAUUCCCACAAUGAUCCCCACAUGCAAUCUUUCGAUCAGAAAACGUAUGAAAACCAAAACGAAGGUGUGUUUUUACUUUAUCGUAACACGGAGCACAACGUUCAAGUUCAAAUGAAAACUAGUCGGUGUCAUAAGGACAAUGACAAAAUUUGGUGUAAUUGUGGUGUUGCUGUGAAUGCUGGUCGAGAUGUAUUUAUUCUGAGCAGUUGUGAAAAUGGCGAAAUAUUGUCUCCAAAAUUUCGAUGCCAGGAUGCAAUACUAGCUAGAAGUGUUAAGGUCGAUACGUCGUCUGGAAGAAGGUUUCAAGUUUACCUUCCCACCGGUACAGAAGUACGUAUUUCGGUUCAAGAAAACGCUUUUUUCAAACCCUUUAUAAACAUUGAUAUCACGCCUAGCCUAGAAGAUUGGGAAAACACGAUUGGUCUAUGUGGAAACUUUAAUGGCGAUGAUACAGACGAUAGAAAUAAACGAGCCAACUCAACUGAACAAGAUACAAAUCUAAGUUGGAUCGUACCACCGAAGGAAAACUUGUUUGAUUCCAAAAACGAUGCAAGACUGGUAAAAUGGUCGGCAGAGAAAUGGUUCUGUCAGUGUGAAGCAAAAUUGCAAGGUUCUAGUCCAGAAAAUGCUGUCAGAUGUACAGCAGAUACGGCAAAGAAAUGUAGAGAAGAUACAUAUGAGACAUCAUAUAAAGAUCGUUGUUCUAUCGCGAGGAAAAAGAGGAAUGCGCAUGGCAGAUAUGUGGACAGAGGACUUGAUCUACACCAUUCUACUAAAACUAGCUUUGUUUCAAAAUAUGAUGAGGGCAUUGAAACUUCGAAUGCGAUAACAAAAAGAUCUGAAUACGACCAUGUCACUGCAAGAACUGACUGUGUCAGAAUGCUAAAUACUACAGCCUUCCAGAUGUGUUCUGAAGUUCCAAAAUUUGAUACAGACGGGUUUAUUAAUGACUGCGCUCUUGAUGCAAUGGCAACACAGUCUAUGGAGUGGUCAUCAUCACAUCUUGAUGCUUUGAAAGACAUUUGUGUUUUCGAGGUUAAUGUUAACCAACCCCUUACGGUGGAAGAUCUUGCUUCGUUCGAACCUACAGAUAACAGUUCAUCAUCCAUAAACAUCACGACUGACAUUAUGAGCAUUACCAAACAACUGUCUCCAGACUCUGUGUUCAAUGCUGAAUUUUUGAAUGAACUAAAGAAUGUGUCGUGCUUAAACGACUGCAGCAGACAUGGAGAGUGUAACGAGGGUUCUUGCCAAUGUGAAGUUGGCUUUAUCGGCGCAGACUGUUCUAUUGAUAGUUCGAAACCACCGAUCAUGAGAGGUAUACCAGACAACGGAGAGUGUGAUCUACAGUACAGGGAAUGUGCGAAAACAUCUGUAUUUGGGAGAAAUUUCGUAUCACUUCCCAAUUUGACAUGUCUUUUAAUCCCGUUUGAGGUAACCGCAGGUAUGAAAAUAAUGGAGGGUGAUCCAUUUAUAAGAAAAGCUAAGCUAGAGACAUUUAUUGAAGUGUCAUGUCCUUUGUCUAUACCUCCUUUGAAAAGGUCAAUUAAAGAAGAACCACAGGGUUUCAUUGCUAGGGGAUUUAGGAUUUCUGUCAGCAACGAUGGACGAGAAUACAGUGAGAAUGAUGCAAUUGUCAUUUUUGAUUCGAAAUGUGUAAAUUGUUCAAAAGUCGGCGGCAAAAUUUAUUGCAAGAAGAAGUCUGGGUAUUGCAUCGAGAGUGGACAGUGCUACGAGUAUCAGGACAUGUUUGGCUGUUACUUGUGUCUAGGAGCAACAAAUAAUUCAUUGGAUUGGACCCCGGGUCCAGAUUGUUCCGGAGGUAUUGCAACACUGGAAACAACUGAUGCUCCAACACCAGAAACACAGUCUGUGGCGCCACCUGCGCAAUCAAAAUCGUGGAUAAUCGCAGCCGCAGUCACCCCAGUUGCCUGUCUAAUUAUACUCGUUUCUCUGAUCUACUGGGUAUAUAGAAGGAAAAAGACAAGAAGGAAGGUUGCUGUUACAUACUCGGAACGGCAUAAACAACGUAACACAGAGCUUGCAGCCUCGGUUUCGAAUAAAACAUUGCAGAUGGAGCAAAUAAAAAACUGAACAUAUUUUGCGUGCUUUUCACUUUUGCAGACUUUGCUGAUUUGAAAUCACUACAAUAUUUUUUUUUAAUUAUAAAAAAGGAGAAAAUGACAAAUGAUUCAAUGAUAUUUCAAAUGUAACAUUUACAAUAUUCUAGUAUGAAUUCUGACAAUUUCAAUAAAUUUAGAUAUGUUUAAUGACAAACCCGAAUAACCAUGAUAAUACUUUGAUGCUAAAAAUUGAACAAUAUAUUACUGGAAUUCUGACUAGUUCUAGAAACUCUAAAGGUUGACUUCAGGAAAAUGUUGGCCCAUCCAUUAUAUAUUUGGUUACCUCCGAUCAAAUGCUUAUUGUUGUUUCAUAUCUUAUAAGUUACGUUUCCUAACCAAACUUCACAAAAUGUUGUUAUUGUCUGCGUACAAUAGGACUUCAUAUCAGUGACUAUUCUCAACAAGGAAUUUCUUGCAGUCAAGUCUUCCACGAGAAUUAUGACCUCGUAUUUCAUGAGAGCUACAGUGUUUUCAAGUAGUUCCAGUUUUAGAGAGGACUGUGAUGCCGAUGGCCUACAUGAAUUACAAAGACGACGUUAACAGAAGUAUAGGGAGACACGGAAACACUCCUUGUGUAGUCUAAGCCGAUGUAGACAUAGCGUGUCGCUAACUAUAAAUCUUUUUAUGUCACUCGAUAAGAACUUUGACAACGAAGGAACAAAGUGGGACAAUUUUAUUGAAGCGUCGUGUUUUUACUUCAUGACAUGCGUUUUUGUGAACACUGAUUUGUAUCUAGUUUUUGGUUGCGGGUUUAUCUCGCUACAAAAGUUAAAGUGUAUUUCUGACAAUCAUAGCAUCUUUAUUUGAUUCCAAAUCACAUCCAAAGGAUGUUAAUGUGCUACACAAAAUAGUCCCAUUCAUGAACAAUGCGGAUGAGUUAUCAAUGAACAAGCAGUUCUUAUUCAACCUGUAUCCACUCGCACUGACCAUUUAGAUUAUAUUAGAUCUAUCAAUGAUAAGGUAUUCCAGCCCAUGGUUACAUCACAAGCUGGGUCAGGCAGAGUUCAUCUUAGAUAUGAGGCACAUUGAAUUUGCAUUUGUUUCUCAUUCAUGUAUAUUUAUAGACUGGCAUUUAAACAGAAAAUAAAUCUACCAAAAACCCGCAACCAUCAGACAUUUCAAGGCUUUGAUUGUUUAUUUUGGACUUCUUUCUCUUUAUUGCAGUUCGUCUUUGUUACGAACCUGGCGUAACUAAGAAAAUGGCAGCAACAAACUUAAAAAGAUAAAAUUUAUUCAAAGACGUUUUACAAAAUUCAAUAUUAAAGUUGAUACUUUGAAAGCAGACGCGCACACUUUAUUCUUGUAUUUUGGCUGAACACCUUUAAUUCAAAUGUUAGUCUAUAAAGGUCUGUAAGUAUGAUAUAAAUAAAGAGUUUUAAUCGUUCUUCCUUUCCACAUGCUCUUUCUUGAAAAACUCGUGUUUUCUUUUACUCUUCUGCGUUUCUGUUUGUAUGAGCAGCUUUCUAUUGAAAUCAGCAUGCUCCCAUUCAGGCAAAUGAAUUUCAGAUAAAAUGACUGCGUAAGAAUUUUAAGUACGAAAAGAGCCACUAAAAGCUGCAAUGAAAAGAUUAGAUUUAGAUUGCAGUUAAAGAAACGUAACUGUUUUCCUUUACAUAAAAUAUACCGGCCUUUUUCUUUUAUUUUCAUACUAGAAACAAGAUUCACAGAGUUAAUUUAGACAGGUAUAUUCAAAGUUGUCCA